AUGAGCACCGAGGUGAGAGGAAAGCUAGUAGCAGUCAUUGGCGACCAGGAUUCCGUCGUUGGAUUUCUAAUGGGAGGAAUUGGGGAGGUGAAUGCGGCCCGUCAAUCCAAUUUCUAUAUCGUCGAGAAGCACACAAUUGAUAAGGAGAUCGAGUCAGCGUUCAGAGCGUUUUGUACUCGAGACGACAUUGCGAUCAUUCUUAUAAAUCAGCAUGUCGCUGAACGAAUUCGGCAGGUGGUCGACGAUCACGCGCAGAAGCCUCAAACGAGCGUGGCUGUUCUGGAGAUUCCGUCGAAAGAGGCGCCGUAUGAUCCGUCGAAAGACAGCAUUCUCAACCGUGCUCGCGGCCUCUACAAUCCAGAAGAUUUCCGUUAA